UAAAGGAGGAGGUGGACGCAGCAAGCUGGCUGUGACAGAGAAGGAACACUUCUUGGACACGCACGGGCGCGCACACAAACACAGGCGCGCACUCGGGGCAAAUAUUCAAACCCUAGAAAUCGUAAAGGUGCCGAAAAUCCUCCAGACAAGUUCGGUGGCUACAGUCCCAGUAACUAGCUAUGGAAGGAGUCCCAACUUCCCCUAGAACUGAACGCCCGCCGCUACGGGCUUCAGUUCCUUUUCUGCCUUCCAGGCAGAUGGAUAAGGCCAAUACUGCUCGCACAGCAGUGGAGAAGAAGCGGGGUGCCCAAUGCAAUGGGUAUUCUGCGAAGGAACAAUCCCGGCCAGAGCCGAAAGAACUAGAGAAAAAGCCCCGGGGCCAGGAGGAAAAGACUGCCCAGCAGGUGGACUACUGGAAGACGGAGCGGACUCGCAGCGUGGAAGAUAACGAGCUGAACCUGCCCAGUCUGGCGGGCGCUUACUCCACCAUUCUGCGCUCUCUGGGUGAGGACCCGGAACGGCAGGGACUGCUCAAGACCCCCUGGAGGGCGGCAACAGCCAUGCAGUUCUUCACUAAAGGUUACCAGGAGACCAUUGCAGAUAUCCUGAAUGAUGCUAUAUUUGAUGAAGACCAUGAUGAGAUGGUGAUUGUAAAGGACAUAGACAUGUUUUCAAUGUGUGAACAUCACUUAGUGCCAUUUGUUGGAAAGGUUCAUAUAGGUUAUCUUCCUAACAAACAACUUCUUGGCCUCAGUAAACUUGCCAGGAUUGUGGAAAUCUAUAGUAGAAGAUUACAAGUUCAAGAGAGACUUACAAAACAAAUUGCUGUAGCAGUCACAGAAGCCCUGAGGCCAGCUGGAGUUGGAGUGGUUGUUGAAGCAACACAUAUGUGUAUGGUAAUGCGAGGGGUACAGAAAAUGAACAGCAAAACUGUCACCAGCACAAUGUUGGGCGUAUUCCGGGAAGAUCCAAAGACCCGGGAAGAAUUCUUAGCGCUCAUUAAGAAUUGAAUUGAAAGCAUGUAAAACAUGAUCUGAAGAUUGUACUGCUGGUGGCAUUGUCUGUUUGUACAUUAUAUUUAAAGUCUUGCAGUAGUGAGGUUUUUUUUUUUUUUUUUGGUCAUUAACUGUCACUGAAAAUUACUUAUAGGAAAUAAAAAAUAAUAGCGAAACCCUGUGGUUUAUCAUUGCUACCUUUUUAGCAGUAAUGGGAAAGAAAGUUGCCCAUUAAGUUUAAAAUUCAUAAAAUCAUCACCCAGAAAAACUGAGGAUACUAGGAUUCAGAUGAGAAUUUAUUUUAUCAGAAUAUCCUGAUUAUUUAUGACAUUUAUGCUCAAUAAAUGUGAGCAUCAGAUAGGGAGUAUUGGGGGAAAUUAUAUUGAUUGUAGUAAGUUAAAAUGAUGCCAGUUCUCAAAGUGCUUUAAAAAAUUCUAAAUAUGCUAUGGCAUUGCUGUACUGACUGACAGUUCAGCAAUGCUGACUUUAUUGUGUCAAUUAAUUUAUCAUUUAUAAUAAUUUUAAAAUAUUUUCCUGUGUUUACUUAUUUUUGGCCAAAUUGUGCUUUUGGUCAUAAAUUCUUAAAAGAUCCAUAUGUUGGAUUUUAUUAUGAAUUAGUUAUAAAAAUACAUUGAUAUCUAACUUCUCUUAUUCAAUUGCCAGGAAUUGUAUUGUAGAAUUGUUUACUGAUAUAUUCUCAUGUCAACAUGCAGGGAUUUAUACAUUUAACUCUCUGUGCCUUGAUGAGAAUAUCACAUUAUUUACUUUGUAGUAAUAUUGAUUUUUAAACAAUUUUUAGAAAGAGAUUUAGUGUUAUUGAGCAUGUAAAUAAUAGUUUACACUGAUUUAUCUUUUGAAACCUCUUAGGAUUUAACUUGCGUGUUGCAUGUAGGACAUUCAAAACUUUUCUUUGACUACAAGUCAUUAGUUUCACAAAAUAUUUUUAUAAAUAUUUCCAGGAAACUUGAACUAUCUUUAUCUUUUCCAAGUCUAUAGAACCAGUCAAUGGCCAAUGUUCUAAUGAAAACCUCUCUCAAUGGUCAUUGUAAAAGCACUGUCAGAACUACUACCGUUUAUGUAUGGUAGUAAUAUUUUGUCUUCAGUGUGGCUAAGAUGAACCAAGCAAACUGGUGGAGGUUAUUUUAGCUUAGAAAAGUAUUUCUUUAUUAAUAGACAACUUGAAUUCGAUAUUACAGGGGCAUAGGGGGCACAAACUAAAAAAGAUUCAUUUGUUGAUGUCAAUGUAUUAUGGUUUUAAAAAUUUAGGUUUUUGUCUUUUUAAAAUUUAAAUAUUUGUUCUUCAAAUACAUCCCAUUACUAAGAAAAAAAUGUUUUCAUAAUCUAAAACCAAGUAUUUAGCUAUGUAUUGAACUAUUAGUCUAUUCUUUUUUUUUUUUUUUUAACUUUUUAUUGACAGAACCCAUGCCAGGGUAAUUUUUUACAGCAUUAUUCUUUGCACUCACUUCUGUUCCGAUUUUUCCCCUCCUUCCCUCUACCCCUCUCUCCCAGAUGGCAAGCAGUCCUUUAUAUGUUAAAUAGGUUACAGUAUAUAUUAGUCUAUUCUUGCAUAGCCAUAUUAUUCUAUUCCUGAUCCCAUUUUACUUUUGAAAGGCAAUAGGAAAGACUUUAAAAAAAAAAAAAAAAAAAAAAGCUCUACUUCUAGUAAUAAAAUUUUUCUUUCCCCUGAUUUUCGUAGCCAAAUUGAAAUAAAAAUCCUAGGCUCCCCCAAAUCAGUUGUCUCAAUUAGUAGUACUUCUGUAUCUCUCCCAUAGUCUCACACAAUUAUUUCUUAGUUAUUUCACUCAGUGUUUUGAGCUAACUUUUAAAAGCAGAAUAUUAACGCCUCAAAAGCCAAGUCUGAAUUGUUUGAUAUUAUUUUAUAGCAAACACCAUAUGAACUGGAAGACCAAAGAAAUCUUUAGCAGCAAAAUUUUCUUUCUGUAAUAAUUUGAACUCUAUUUUGUUUAUGUACUCUCAUUGUUUUUCUGAAGGACCAUUGGGGGGGAAAAAAAAAAGCCAUAGGCUAUUCCUGUCUUUCAGUGGUACUGUCAAAAUGAUUACCUGUUUGUUUUUUCCUAUGAAUUAUCCUUCUAAUAUACCUCUUAAUUUUUCUUGGCCUUAGAUUGCGUUUAUUGUUAGGAAUUUAGAACUUGAUGCAUUUACUAUAUUAUAUAUUUGAUUCAAAUGAAACUUGUUUAAAUUUUAUGUAUUCGUGUAUAUGUUGUGUCUAUUUAAAAGUUGGUUCUAUUUAAAAUAUUAAAGUAUUGCUAUUCA